AUAGUUGUAUUGUGUUGUGUGACGUGCCUAAUAACCGGUAAUAAAAGUCUCGAGAUAAUCAUAAUCUUAUAUAAAAAAACUUCAUGUAAUUACUCAUCAACUCGAGACUCCAGACUUACUUGAUUGCUGCAAUUUUUCGUUCAGUCAGUCGUGAGGCAACUCUUAACUUCGUAACACACCUGCUCACAAUCACUUGUGCAUACAUUUUUGCAUCAUGAUCAACGGACGAGCUUUGCAUUUUGUUUUUAAAGUUGCCGAUCGUAAGCAAACGGCAAAAUUUUAUCGUGAAAUUCUGGGUAUGAAGGUUCUUCGUCAUGAAGAAUUUUCAGAAGGUUGCGAAGCCGCUUGCAAUGGUCCAUAUGCUAACCGAUGGAGUAAAACAAUGAUUGGAUAUGGUCCUGAGGACACUCACUUUGUUGUCGAGUUAACCUAUAACUAUGGAGUUAGUAAUUAUGAAUCUGGUAAUGAUUUUCAAGGAAUCACAAUUCGUUCCAAAGAAACUAUUGAAAGGGCCAAAAUCCAUAAUUGGCCAAUGAAAGAAGAGGAUGGUAAAUAUGUUCUAGAAGCUCCUGGUGGCUAUAAGUAUUACAUUAUUGAUGAACCUCAACCUGUUGAUCAAGAUCCUGUACAAAAAAUAUGCUUAUCCAGCUCAAACCUUCAACGUACUUUAGCUUAUUGGAAUGAAGUUUUGGAAAUGAAACUUGUACAAAAGACUGAUAAAAAUGCUAUUUUGGAGUAUGGAAAAUCUCAAGCCAAAUUGGAAUUCAAAGAUAUAGGAACUGAAAUAAAUCAUGCUAAAGCAUAUGGACGUAUUGCUUUUGCUGUACCAAAUGCCGAGCAAACAGUUAUUCGUGAGAAAAUUCAAAGUACCAAUAACAAGAUUUUGACAGAUUUAAUAAGCCUUGAUACACCUGGAAAAGCCACAGUUACAGUAAUUAUUCUGGCUGAUCCUGAUGAUCAUGAAAUUUGUUUUGUUGAUGAAGAAGGAUUUAGACAACUAUCUGUACCAGACUAUCCCAGUGAAGCAAUUCUUGAUAAAUACAUUCAAAAAGAAGAAAAAGAUAGAAACAAGAAGAAUUAAUUACAAAUAUUUAUUAUUGCUUUUACAUCAUUUAAAGCUUGUUAAUAGUUUAUAAAAGUACUUAUGUAAUUAUUACAACUUCGAAAGUUAUUAA